GCAUGCGAUGAAUUAUCUCAUCAGAAAGAAAGAAACAAAAAUCAAUCAUCAUCAUCAUCAACAUCAAUGAAUAAUGUAUUCAUAAAGGACGUGUCAAAAUGAAUGGACCGUUGUUUGUCGCAGGCAUUUGAAUUCGAAUUUACUCAUAUGAUGCAGUGUCGAAAAGAUUUUUGAGCCCGCCAAUUUAUCGAUAAAUCAAUCAUGUCAUCAGAUAUUGAUCAAUCAAUGCAAAUAAUGGAGAUUGUUCAAUCGAUCAAUCAGGCCAUUUCGACAGCUAACUUAGCACAAUUUAAAUCGAUCAUUGAACCAUUGGGCAAUGAUAUCAAUCAAUACAUUAUUGUGGAUGAUGAAUCAGAUACACAGAUGAAUAUAUUGCAUAUAAUAGCAUCACGUGAAUACCAUCCAAUGGCUAUCGAUAAUGAUAAUUAUCGAUCGGAUGUAUUUCAUAAAUUUAUCGAUAUAAUUCACCAAUAUGAUCAAUUCGAUGUUGAUUAUCGUGCAUCGAUUGAUGGACAAUACAAUAUGACCGCCGCACAUAUUGCUAUCCAAUGGCAAAAUCUACCAAUGCUUGAAGCAUUAAUAUUUUAUGGUGCAGAUCUAUUAAUUUGUGAUUGUAAUGGACAAAAUGUUCAGGAUUAUGCCCGUAAUAUUGGAAAUGAUCAAUUGUUUCGAUUGGUUAAACGUUCCAUUUAUGAAUCGAUUGAAUCACGAUUAGAAUUUUCGCAUCCAAAUCUAGAUAAUCAUCAUCAUUAUAAUGAUGGUGAUAAUGGUUAUUAUUAUGCUGUACCAAGACCUGUUGCACGCGAUGAUGAGGAUGAUUAUGAUGAUGAUGUUAAUUGUUCUUUAGCUCCUCAUUCAUCAUCAUCAACAUUGGCUAUAUCAAGUAUUAGUGGUUAUCAAAGAUCUCCAUCCAUUGGUAGACAAAGUUCGACAAAUUUAUCAAUCACACCGAAUCAUUCAUCGAUCAUUGAUCGCUUUAAUUCUAAUGCAACAUUUACAUCGGAAGCAAAUUCUGAAACAUCAUUAUCAUUUCGUAGUUUUCAAAAUCUAUUGAAUCAAGCAUUCUAUCAUCAUCGUAAUCAUUCAUCACAACAAAUUAUGACCAAUAAUAGUGAUUCAAAUAUUAGUGAAAAUAAUCUAAAUCAAGAUGAAAAUCAUCGUGAAGAAUCAUCACUGAUGAUCAUCAAUGAUAAUAAAAGUCAAAAAUCCAAUAGUGCCAAUAAUAAUAAUUACGAAACCAUAACGGUAGUGAAAGAAAGUGAUGUUGAACUUGUUGAACAACGAUUCGAAUCUGUUUCUAGUCCUUUGAAGUUAGACAUAUCGAAUGAAUCAUCUGCAUCGACAGAAUCCACUGGAUCCAAUAUUGAUGAAUUCAUUAUGAAAAUGAACGAUACACAAUUACGUCAGGAAUUAAAUCGUUUUGGAUUCGAAAUUGUAGGUCCAUUAAAUUCUCAUACACGUCAUUGUUAUCAACGAAAAUUUCAUACAUUACGUAAAGAAAAUGAACAACAAGCACAACAGAAUCAGCAAAAACAGCCUCAACGACAAAAACAAACGGAACAAGACGGUGAAAUUCAGGCCAAAAUGGCUAAUUAUCAUAUCGAAUUUGACUUGAUUCGUUCUCGAAAAUUUCCAUUCAUUGAAGCACGUCGUUACGAAAUGCAAUUGAUAGAACAAUUUUCGAUAUCGACGAUGAAUAAUGAUGAUAGUCCAGAAUUUUCGACACUUCGAAAUGGAAAGAAAAAAUUCACAAUUAAAUCGGAUCAAACAUAUUUUGUUUAUUUAUUAUUAGAUCCUUCUAUUACGAAAAAUUUACCAGCACAAGUAAAUUUAUUACUUGAUGAUCAAACUCAAUCGAAUGAUAAUCCAAUGGAACAAUUUUGUACAAUGAUCAAUGAUUAUCGCUUGUUUUAUCGAUUUAUAUCAGCAAUAUUUUAUGUUGGUAAAGGUAAAAAUGAUCGUCCAUAUCAACAUUUUAUCGAUGCUCAUCGUGAACGUAAACAACCUACAAAAUUGGAUAUAAAACCAAAAAUCCAACGAAUCUGGACAAUAUGGGAUCGUGGCUUGGGUCCGAUUUCACUUAAUGAUUGUCAAGGUAUUAAAUCGGAUGAAGCACAUGCACGUGAAGCAUUGAUCAUCGAAACAAUUGGUUUAUUUAAUCUUACCAAUCAAAUUGCCGGCAGUUAUCGGCAACAAUUACAAUUAAAUCAACGACAAAAAAGUAUAUUAGGUACAUAUUUACUUUAUAAAUUUUUUAUAAUGUAUUUAUGUACCGGCGAAAGACAGAUUCGAAUUCCUUGAACUUUUUUUUUGUAUAGUGAUCUUUCUUUUUUUGAUCUCCAAUUACUUUUUUUCGUUCAUUAAAAAAAAUUUAU